AUGACGAUUUUAAUAUAUUUUUUUGUUUUGCUAUUUUCUGGAACAACUUUUAGCCAAGAGAAAACAUAUGUCCUUACAGCACCAAAGGCCUUCCGAGCUGGGGCAUCUGAGAAAGUCAUAGUUCAAGCUUUUGGUUAUAAGGAGGAAUUUCCAGUCAAUAUUGCCAUAAAAAGCUUUCCAGAUAAGCAUGUUGUUUAUUCUUCUGGUCAUAUUUCUUUAACUCCAGCCAACACAUUCCAAAAUGCUGUAGUUUUCACACUUCAACCAGCAGAUUUAUCAAGAACAGAGAAUUCAGUCAAGUAUGUGUAUUUGGAAGCUGUUUCUCCACAUUUUACAAGAUCUAAAAAAAUUCCUGUUUUGUAUGAGAAUGGGUUUCUUUUUAUUCAUACAGACAAACCAGUUUAUACUCCUGAUCAGUCAGUGAAAGUCAGGGUUUACUCUUUGAAUGAAGAACUGCAGCCAGCUCGGCGAGAAACUGUCCUAACUUUUGUGGAUCCUGAAGGAGUAAAAGUGGAUAUUAUAGAAGAAGAAGAUUUUACUGGAAUAGUUUCUUUUCCUGACUUCAAGAUUCCUCCUAAUCCUAAGUAUGGAGUUUGGAAGAUUGAAGCCAAGUAUAAGAAGAAUUUUGCAACCUCAGGUGCUGCCACAUUUGAAGUUAAGGAAUACGCAAUGCCAAGCUUUUCCAUCAUCAUAGAGCCAGAAAGUAACUUUAUUAGUUCUGAUAAAUUUGAGAACUUCAGGAUUGUUGUGAAAGCUAGCUAUUUUUAUAAUAAAAAGCUUGCAAGUGCUGAUGCUUUUCUUCGUUUUGGAAUAAUCGAAGGAAAUGGAAAAAGAAUGAUGCCUCGUGCAAUGCAUGUAACUAGGAUUGAAAAUGGAGUGGCUGAGAUCAAUUUUAACUGUAAGAAAGCAGUGAGUUUUAUAGGGUUUCAAAGUCUAGAAGAAUUGGAUGGGUCAUAUUUAUAUAUUGUGGCAUCAGUGUUGGAGUCUGACGGUGGCCUCAGUGGUGAAGCAGAAUUUGCUGGAGUCAGAUUUGCUGUAUCUCCUUACAAAUUGAGUUUGGUUGCUACUCCUCUCUUUGUGAAGCCUGGACUUCCAUUCUUCAUUAAGGUGCAGGUGAAAGAUACAGUAGAUCACUUUGUUGGAAAUAUCCCUAUAACGGUCACCGCAAAAUCAUUUAGUGAGCAAAUGGAUAUGACUGUGUUGAUAUCAGAGGGUUCAGAACCUGGGAGAAGAACAACAAGCCUAAAUGAUGGAACUGCUUUGUUUGUUGUUAAUAUCCCAUCUGACAGCAAAACAUUGGAGUUUGAAGUAAAAACUGCAGAUCCACGUCUUUCAGAUGAAAACCAAGCAAGUAAAACCUAUGAAGCCAAAGCUUAUUCAUCAUUAAGUCAGAGUUAUCUAUAUAUUGACUGGGCUUCAAACCACAAAGUACUAGAAGUAGGGGAUUUCAUAAGUAUUAGUGUAUAUCCACAUAGUCCGUAUAUUCAUAAAAUACAUCACUACAGCUAUUUGAUCACAUCAAAAGGGAAGAUAAUAAGCUUUGGAACUCAGGAGAGAAACAAGGAUGUGGAAUAUGAGCAUCUAACUUUUGAGAUAACCCAAAAAAUGGUUCCUUCAGCACGUCUUCUUGUUUACUACAUAGUCACGGGAGAAGGAACUGCUGAGUUAGUAGCUGAUUCAGUUUGGCUGAACGUGGAGCAGAAGUGUGAGAAUAGACUUGAUAUUAAGCUGCAAUCAAGCAAAGAGAUACUGAAUCCAGCAGAAGUUGUAUCGCUUAACAUGAAAACACAAUUCAAUUCCUUUGUUGCUUUGUCAUCUAUUGACAAGGCAGUGUAUGGAGUCACAGGAAGAGGAAAGAGAGCAAUGGAAAAAGUAAUGCUACAUUUGGAAAAGAGUGACCUUGGCUGUGGUGCUGGAGGAGGACGGAACAAUGUUGAUGUAUUCCGAACAGCUGGGCUUACAUUUUUAACUAAUGCAAAUGCUGAUGAUUCAAAUGAAGCAGAUGAAACUUGCAAUCAAGUUUUAAGAACCAAACGGUCUGACUUCAAGGAGCGGAUACUCAAAGAAGCAUCCAAGUAUGUACAUCCAGAAGUUCGAAAAUGCUGCAUGGCUGGAGUAAGAGCGUAUCCAGUCAGUGAGACUUGCAGAGAUAGAGCUCAGCGAAUUCAGAGUAAUGCAAAGUGCAUUUCUGCAUUCAGAGAUUGCUGUGAAUUUGCAAACAGACUGCGGGAGGAAGAGCCUAAUAAGCUUCUAAUAUUGGCGAGAAUGCAUUUUGAGGCUUUUUUGGAACUGGAUGAGGCACAAGUUCGUAGCUACUUCCCAGAAAGCUGGUUAUGGGAAGUUCACCAAGUUUCUUCAAGGUCAAAGGCUCUGUCUAUCACCUUGCCUGAUUCGCUGACUACCUGGGAAAUACAAGGCAUUGGCAUUUCUGAUAAAGGUAUAUGUGUUGCUGCACCGUUGGAAGUGCAAGUUGUAAAAGAUGUCUUCCUGAGCGUUCAUGUUCCUUAUUCUGUGGUGCGAGGAGAACAAAUUGAGUUAAAAGGAUCAGUUUAUAACCAUAGAGCUUCUGCAAUUAAGUUCUGUGUUAAAAUAGCAGCUGGAAAUGGAAUCUGUUCUUCUAGAGAAUCUGCAACUACUCGAUCGAGGCUACACAGUUGUAAUUUUAAGAAUCUAGAUGGCAGUUCUUCAUCAGCAGUUACAUUCAGAAUACUUCCUUUGGAAUUAGGUCUUCACACUAUCAACUUUACAUUGCUGGCAGACGGGAACAGUGAAAUUGUGGUUAAAAAGUUACGUGUAAUGCCAGAAGGCAUUAAGAGAGAACUUCAUGCAGGUUUCACUUUGGAUCCACAGGGUGUUUAUGGUUCAAUCAAGAGACGACAAGAAUUUCGAUAUAAAAUCCCACUGAACCUGGUCCCUAAAACAAAAAUUGAUAGAAGUGUCAGUGUGAAAGGACAUCUUAUGGGUGAAACGAUUGCCACAAUCCUCACACCUAGUGGUUUGAGUAUUCUUACUGAUCUGCCAAAGGGCAGUGCAGAGGCAGAGUUUAUGACUAUUGCCCCAGUAUUUUAUGUGUUUCACUACUUGGAAGAGUCAAAUAACUGGCAUGUACUGGGUCCCGAAACCUUAACUUCAAGAACUAAAAUGAGGAGGAAGAUGAAAGAAGGAAUUGUAAGCAUCUUGUCAUUCAGAAAUUCUGACUUCUCGUAUAGCAUGUGGAAGAAUGGGCAAGCCAGCACGUGGUUGACAGCUUUUGCUUUAAGGAUUCUUGGACAAGUUAAUCAAUAUAUAAAUCUUGAUGAAAUUUCUGUUUGUAAUUCGCUUCUGUGGUUGGUUGAUAACUGUCAAAUGCCAGAUGGGUCAUUCAGUGAAUUUUCAAAUUACCAGCCAGUGAAACUACAGGGUACAUUACCUAGAGAAGCUAAAGAAAAAUCUUUGUAUCUCACAGCAUUUUCUCUUAUUGGAAUUGUAAAGUCCAUUAAAAUAUGUCCUACUCAGAAAAUCUAUGAUGCUAAAAAUAAAGCAGGAGAUUAUUUGACGAAAAAUGUGCCGUCUGCUCAAAGUCCCUUUACUAUGGCAAUAACUUCGUAUGCUUUGGCUCUUGUGGAUUUGAACCAUCAGUCUGCACGAUUGAUUUUCUCUACACUGAAGAAGGAAGCAUCUGUCAUAGGUGACCCUCCUAUGUACCGUUUUUGGAAAGGUACUUUCAAAACACCAGACCAGCACGCUCCCAGCUCUGUUACUGCACAAAUGGUUGAAACUACAGCAUAUGCUUUGCUUACUGCGUUGCUAAGAGGGGACAAAAACUAUGCUAAUCCAAUCAUCAGAUGGUUGUCUGAAGAACAAAGGUAUGGUGGAGGAUUUUAUUCAACUCAGGACACAAUUACUGCCCUGGAGGCCUUGACUGAAUAUUCCCUUCUUGUCAAACGGCUUAAUUUGGACAUGGAUGUUAAAGUGGCAUACAAAAAGUAUGGAGACCUUCAUCUAUUUAAACUGACAGAAGAUAAUUUUGUGGGAAGAGCAACGACAGUACCUUUGGAUGAUGACAUAUAUGUAAGCACUGGAAGCAGCACUGGCAUAGCUACAGUAAAUGUGAGGACAGUGUAUAACACAAUCGGGACUUCUGAAGAGUCAUGUAACUUUGAAUUGAAGAUUGUUCCAAAGAGAGAUGAUGGUCACAGAAAAGAAGAUGGUGAGCCACUUGGGCGCUUAGAGGCUUGUGCAAAGUACAGGCCCAGUAUGGGAGAGCCGCAGUCAGGGUCUGCUCAUGCCGUGAUGGACAUAGGUUUGGUUAGCGGUUUGGAAGCAAAUACAGAAGACUUAAAUACUCUUGCAAGUGGAGUUGAUCAGUUGAUACCAGAUUAUGAGAUAAAAGAUGGACAUGUUAUUCUGCAGAUAGACUCUGUGCCAGCUGAUAAUUUCCUCUGUGUUGAGUUCCGAGUAAGUGAGCUUUUCCGGGUUGGAAUGCUAAAUCCUGCCACAUUCACUGUAUAUGAAUAUCAUGCACCAGAUAAAAGGUGCACUGUAUUUUAUAACCCCUAUGGAAAUGAAAAACUUGUGAGAUUGUGUGAAGGAGAUGAAUGCAAAUGCAUGGAAGCUGAAUGUAGUAAAGUACAAAAGAGACUAGAUCAGUCAAUAACUGCUCAUACCAGGAGAGAAGCUGCAUGCAAGAAUGACAUCGCAUAUGUUUAUAAAGUGAAGAUCUUAUCUCGCAAUGAAGAAGGUUAUUUUGUAAAGUAUUCUGCAUCUCUUCUGGAUCUGUAUAAAAGAGGGCAGGCUUUUGCUCAAAAAAAUAAUGAAGUAACCUUUGUGAAAAAGAAGAGCUGUACAGAUGUUGAUUUGAGUCCAGGACAGCAGUAUUUGAUCAUGGGAAAAGAAGCCUUAAAGAUGAACAUUGGUUACAAUUUCAUAUUCCAGUACCCUUUGGACUCCAGCACUUGGAUUGAGUGGUGGCCUUCAAGUACAGCAUGUACAUCUUGCCAGGAGUUUUUAAAUACAAUGGAAGAUUUUGCUGAAGAUCUCAUCAUCAGUGGCUGUUGA